ACGGCACGAGAUGAAUAUGAAUCGCAACCGCCUCAACCAGAUGCGGCAAUUGGAUCGGGGUAACGAGGGCCUCCAGCAGGUCAUACAAAUGCAGGCAACCGCCGGAGGAACCCAGGCACAACUUGGAAACCAGGGUCAGGGUCAAUCUUCGACUGGUCAAACAGUGCGGCGCAAGACGACCUACACACGGACUGAGUUGCUGUCCCGCGGCCUGUCCACCGUUCAAAAGUCCAUGCCCUUAAACCAAACGUCACCAAGACCACGACAUCCACAGCCACCGAAGGAUGUCUUUCCGACCACUCCCUUGAGUCAAAGUACCAAUGUAACCAAUUUAAACAGCACUCCGCGAAUGCAACGAAGUUUUCUGCCACGGGUGGCCAGAUUACCGGCCAAGUUGGAUAAAUCGCCAACUAAGAUACCGAAUCGCUUGAGUCGGGAGAUUGAAGGUAAACUAGAGCAGUCGCAAAUUCCUAUAUGCAGUCAGAAAACUGCACAUUUGGUGAAUACACCACAUGGCAGUGACAGCAGUAGUCCGGCUCGAAGGACCAUUAGGACCAAUGAGGUUGUUGAAGAGGAAUUCCUUAGUGGCAACAGUAGCGCCUCGGAACGUUGCAAGAUCAAGUUGGCCAAGGCCAUACGCUUACCGGAUGACCAGAACAAGAGUUUCGUCUAUUUGUGCAAGCCGGUUAAGAAGGUCAAGGAGUUACUCACUGCCCGAAGAUUGCGCAAUAGCUGUGAUCUCUUAAACCAGACGAAAGGUGAGGAUUUUGCCCUGGAGGAGGACUCCGUGAAGCUGCCAUUUGCUGUUUACGAGGAUGCUUUGCACAGCAAAAAUGAUGGCGAUGACUUUACUCUCUCACCCCUCGAGGGAUUGGCCCAGUCUUCGAGUAGCACCAGUCAGUUGGACACGCCCACCAUUGAGGCCGUGAAGCAACGCCAUCGGCUGUUGGAGACCAGGACGUCGGUGAGCACUCAGGAGCGUCUGAGGGCCCAAUUGCAGGAGGUGCGCCAGAGGCAGCGACAUUUGCGCCAGCUGGAACAGGACCAGCGGUACAAGGAGCAGCGCCAGCUGGAAUUGGAUCAGGUUUGCCAGAAUCUACCCACUUUGCAGCAUGAGAUCCGCAUGCUUCAACAACUGGGUGAGAGAUUGGAGGCCACACUGCGAGUGUCCAAUAUACCCAAGCCCCUGACACCCAAGCACUCCUCCACCGUGUUCUAUACCCCUCGUUCGAGUCCCUAUAUGCCGGAUGAACUGCCUAUCACCAAAUUGGGUUGCCUUCGGGUGGAACAGAUUCUUGUGGUACAGCUCAAGGCCAGAAUCACGGCCACGGCUUACAGGUUUGGUUUAUUGCAAGAGUUCCGCAUUGAGACGAAGACCCUGAAUGAACUAAAGAAGGCAGAUGAUCUGCAAUGUUUCUAUUUACCAGCUCCCAGGGAGGAACCACCAUUGGCCAGCUUGAAAGAAACCGAUGCCGAUGUCGAAACCGAAUCGGAAACCGAUCCUCUUCAGUGCACUAAUUUCCGAAAGCUAAGGGAGAAUCCAAAUGUUCUGCUGCAGCAACUAAGACAUCUAAAUGCGGGAUCGGGCAGACCCUUCAAUAUACUCGAUCAGGACACCAUGUUCUUCAACAGUCUGGUCUUUGCGGAGUCGAAAACAUUGGGUGCCCACGUACGGGAGGAACUGGAAAUGGCCACGCGAGAGUCGGGAGGCGGCGGUGGGGGAACCAUUGCCAAUUAUGGCGGAGCCAUCGCCUAUUCACGCCUCUCGGUGCGGGAUCGUCCAUUUCUGGAGCGGCCAUCACCGGAUCGGGGGGAUCAACUGCAGCCGAGACUACCUCGAAGUCGUAGCCAAGUUCACAGCACCACGCAAACGGAACUUGAGUCGCCCAGACCAAAAGCGAAAAACCUCCUCGAACCGGUAACCGAAAUCAGUUCACCCGAUUAUACACCGUUUCCCAGUCCCAGGCUCACAAAGCGAAAGAAAGUGAAAGGACUGAAGAUGAAGGCUUGCACGCAGGAAACCCGGGAACCUGAUCCCAAGCCGAAAAAGACCAGGAUGGUCGUACGUCGUGUGGCGCCCGAGUCGCCAAUUCAAAGUCGCAUAGAGCCCAAGGUGCGGAUGCAGUUGCUCAAAACCGUGCUUGUGGGAACGGUCCAGGUUGCUGUUAUUCUAGUUCUCAUCAUGGCCUUUUCGUAUCCGGAUGUGAGCUGCUAA